AUGUCUAAGGAGGAAUUUGUUGGAUCACGAUUUUUCACAGGUGGAUCAGACACCGAGACAGAGGAAGAAAUUAUUUCCUCGGAAGAAGACUUAAGUGAUGAAGGGAAUGCUGCCUCGGAUGAAAAUGAUUCUGAAGAUGAAGGAAAGCGGCAGGUCAGAUCUGCCAAAGAUAAAAGGUUGGAAGCACUUGAAGCAUGUAUAAAAGCAAUUGAGAAUGCGGAAAAAAUUAAUGACUGGGUCGUGAUUCAAAAUGAAUUUGACAAAUUAAAUAAGAUAAUAAGCAAGGAUCCUCUCAAAAUUCCGCGUUUAUAUAUCAAAACAAUUGCAUCACUUGAAGACUUCUUAAGUGAGGCUUUGCAAAAGGAAAAAGAGUCAAAGAAAAAAAUGAAUGCAAUACAAGCAAAAGCCUUAAAUUCGAUGAAACAAAAGAUCAAAAAGAAUAAUCGAUUAUAUGAAGAAGAUAUUGAAAAAUGGCGACAGAAUCCUGUUGAUGAGCCCACAGAUGAAAGUGGGUAUGAAGAAGAUGUAGUGAAACAUAAAUCUAGGAAACCCGCUGUUGAUGAUGAGGAGGAUGAUAUAUCAGCCUCUCAAGAUAAUGAUUUUAUUCCAGUAGGAGGCAAGAUUAUAGAAUAUACAUCUGAUAACUUGUUUAAAAAGUUGAAAGAAAUAAUGGAAGCGAGGGGAAAAAAGAAUACCGACCGCUUGGAGCAAAUCAAAGUUCUUCAAAAACUAUUGGAGGUUGCUGCAACACCGUAUCAAAAAAUUCGUGUAUUGAUUGCUUUAAUACCCGCUCAAUUCGAUUAUAAUCCCAGCAUGAGUAAUUAUAUGAAUGUUGAUAUGUGGAAAAGUACACAGAAAGAGAUCAAUCAACUUUUAACAAUUCUCGAAACUAAUCCUCAAUUUAUGAUUUAUGAAUUUAUGGAAGAGGAUAUUGAUGAUAAAGAACCAGUGAUUGAGCCUGAUCAAUUAUUUGGUAUACGUGGUUCAAUUGUUUCUUUCAUCGAUCGUCUAGAUGAUGAGUUCACAAAAUCAUUACAAAAUAUCGAUCCACAUACUACUGAUUAUGUGGAUAGAUUGAAAGAUGAAACAGACCUGUAUGACACUAUUGUAAGAGGUCAAAUGUAUUUUGAAAAGAAUGAAUUAAAUGAGAGUACAAGCCGAGUCGUUAUGAGAAGGUUAGAACAUUUAUAUUACAAGCCUGAUCAAGUAAUACAAACAGUAGAAAAUACGGUUCAACAGUUAUAUCCAGCAGGUCUUAAUUCAAAAAUAACUUCACAUACAACCGGCUUCGAUCCUACAGAUUUAAUUCACUCGCUUUGUGUUUACCUCUACAAGAAUGGAGAAUCUUUGCUACGUACACGUGCUAUGCUUUGCCAUAUUUAUCACCAUGCGUUACACAAUCGCUUUUAUGUUGCGAGGGAUAUGCUUUUGAUGUCACAUUUGCAAGAUAAUAUUCAUCAAAGCGAUGUAGGAACCCAAAUUUUGCAUAAUCGUACCAUGGUGCAAGUUGGGCUUUGUGCUUUCCGAGAAGGAAUGAUCAAAGAAGCUCAAAGUUGUUUACAAGAAAUUUGUGGGACUGGUCGUACGAAAGAAUUAUUGGCACAGGGUCUACAAUUGCAAAGAUAUACACAACUUCCAGCAGAACAAGAAAAAUUAGAUCGUCAACGUCAAUUACCAUUCCACAUGCAUAUUAAUUUGGAAUUACUAGAAUGUGCUUAUUUAACAUGCUCCAUGCUUUUAGAAAUACCCAGCAUGGCAGCUGCAGGAUCAAACCCUGAAGCACGUAAAAAAGUUAUUAGUAAACCUUUUAGAAGGAUGUUAGAUUAUAAUGAAAGACAAGUUUUUAGCGGACCCCCUGAAAAUACGCGGGAUCACAUUAUGGGCGCAGCAAAGGCACUUGCCGCAGGUGAAUGGAAAAAAUGUCAAGAACUUAUAGGAGCCAUUAAAAUUUGGGACUUGAUGCCAGAAACCCAAAAGAUAAAAGAAAUGCUGAAUAGGAAAAUUCAAGAAGAAGGCCUUCGCACAUAUCUGUUCACAUAUUCAGCAUAUUACGAAACGAUAGGACUUGAACAAUUAGCUACAAUGUUUUCUUUGCCUAUAAAUGCAGUCACCGCUAUAAUUUCAAAAAUGAUUUGGAAUGAAGAAUUGGUCGCAUCACUAGAUCAGGUCGAUAAUGUUGUCGUAUUACACCGAGUUGAACCAACAAAGGUUCAACAGUUGGCUUUAUCGUUUGCCGAAAAGGCAGCAUCUUUUGUAGAAGCAAAUGAAAGAACAUUGGAAUUGAAACAAGCAGCGGGACAAAAUCAAAGAGAUCAACAAAGGCAAAAAGGCAAGUAG